AUGAAUUUAAUUACAACUAUUGUCCUUAUUACCACUAUUUUACCGGUUAUCCUAGCUCUCGUAUCCUUCUGGUUACCUCAAAUAACGCCCGACCACGAAAAGCUAUCCCCCUACGAAUGCGGAUUUGACCCCUUGGGGUCAGCCCGUUUACCCUUUUCUCUUCGAUUUUUCCUCGUUGCCAUUCUAUUUCUUCUCUUCGAUCUAGAAAUCGCCCUCCUGUUACCUCUUCCCUGAGGGGAUCAACUUGUAACCCCGUUACUAACAUUUUUAUGGGCCUCAGCCGUCCUGGCCCUCCUCACCCUCGGCCUAGUCUACGAAUGACUUCAAGGCGGCCUAGAAUGAGCUGAAU